AUGGAUAACUUCAAAACUCCAUUCAAAGGAGUCAUUAAAGAUGCCAAAGGAAGACUAGCAUGCUAUAAAGAAGAUUGGAUCAGUGGACUUUGUUCAGGCAUCAGGUUAUUGGCUCCAACUGCAUAUAUCUUCUUUGCUUCUGCUCUUCCUGUCAUUGCUUUUGGGGAACAAUUGAGUAGGGAAACAGAUGGAAGCUUGAGCACAGUUGAAACUCUCACUUCCACCGCUAUCUGUGGAAUCAUCCACUCCAUCUUAGGUGGACAGCCCCUGUUGAUUUUAGGAGUUGCAGAACCCACAGUUAUCAUGUACACUUAUUUGUACAACUUUACCAAAGACAGACCAGAGAUUGGGCGGAAACUAUUUCUAGCAUGGGUUGGCUGGGUUUGUAUCUGGACAGCCAUCCUGCUGUUUCUUCUUGCAAUAUUCAAUGCUUGCACAAUCAUCACUAGAUUUACGAGGAUUGCGGGGGAACUAUUUGGCAUGUUGAUUUCUGUUCUUUUUAUUCAACAGGCCAUUAAGGGAGUGGUGAGUGAAUUUGGUAUCCCAAAAGGUGAAUAUCCCACAUUAGAGAAGUACCAAUUUCAGUGGCUUUAUGCAAAUGGAUUACUAGCAAUCAUUUUCACUUUUGGUGUACUUUUUACUGCCAUGAAGAGUAGAACAGCUAGGUCUUGGUGUUAUGGCACAGGGUGGCUACGAAGUUUUGUUGCAGACUAUGGGGUUCCCCUUAUGGUCCUGUUGUGGACAGCCUUGUCUUAUGGCGUGCCGGGGAAAAUUCCUUCUGGAGUUCCCAGGAGGCUCUUUUGUCCUCUUCCAUGGGAAUCUGGAUCAUUAUACCAUUGGACCGUGAUCAAGGAUAUGGGGAAGGUCCCUGUGGCUUACAUUUUUGCCGCCAUUGUACCAGCAGUGAUGAUAGCGGGCUUAUACUUUUUUGACCACAGCGUAGCUUCACAGAUGGCACAACAGAAGGAAUUCAAUCUCAAAAACCCUUCUGCUUACCACUACGAUAUCUUAUUGCUUGGAUUCAUGACAUUGCUUUGUGGAUUGCUUGGUCUCCCUCCUUCAAAUGGGGUUCUCCCGCAAUCACCUAUGCACACAAGGAGUCUUGCAGUCCUUAAAAGGCAGUUGAUCCGAAAGAAAUUGGUGAAAAGUGCCAAGGAAUGCAUAAAACAGCAAGCAAGCAACUCAGAGAUCUAUGGGAAAAUGCAGGCUGUGUUCAUUGAGAUGGACAGUGCUAGGACCACCAGUUUUGUGGAUAAGGAGUUGAAGGACUUGAAGGAGGCAGUAAUGAAAUUUGAUGAUGGAGAAGAUGUAACUGACAAAUUUGAUCCUGAAAAGCACAUUGAUGCUUACUUGCCUGUCCGAGUCAAUGAACAAAGAGUAAGCAACUUGUUACAAUCCCUGCUAGUGGGCCUUUUAGUAUGUGCUGUGCCAGUGAUCAAAAUGAUACCUACCUCAGUCCUCUGGGGAUACUUUGCUUACAUGGCCAUUGAUAGCCUCCCUGGUAAUCAGUUCUGGGAAAGGAUGUUGAUGCUCUUCAUUCCUUCUGGUCGACGUUUCAAAAUUUUGGAAGGGGACCAUGCUUCAUUUGUGGAAACAGUGCCAUUCAAAUACAUUGCGACAUUUACACUCAUCCAGUUUGUAUAUUUUUUAAUAUGCUUUGGAGUGACAUGGAUCCCUAUAGCUGGAAUCUUGUUUCCACUGCCUUUCUUCCUUCUCAUAAGCAUUAGAGAACAUGUCCUCCCAAAGCUGUUUUCACCUCGCCAUCUUCAGGAAUUAGAUGCAGCUGAGUACGAUGAAAUCAUUGGGAUUCCAAGCCGCACCAGGAGUCUCUCGAUCCGGGAAAGAGAACCACCAGAUCAUGAUAGCUUGGAAGUUCUGUAGAUUUGUCUUCUGCAGAGAUAUUGGAUGAGAUAACAACCCGAAGAGGAGAGCUUAAGCUUAGGUCCAUAAGCUUCAAUGACAGGCAGUGUCACGUUCACCCACAAUCGGCUGCCCAUACAUAGUGACAGUUGAUUUGUUGAUGUGGGUACUUCAGAUUUUCUAAAGAAGAGCAUUUGGGAAAGUUAUCUCCAUGUAUAGAAUUGGAUUAUCAUAGGAAAGGAACUAUAAUACAAAUCUAUCCGAGGGAGACAUAGACAAGGAAUGGGAGAAGUGAAGCAAGAGGGAAAGAAGUGCUCGAUGAAAUAUUUUUUUGAUUUAUUGUAGGGAAGUCAUUAAAUUCUUUAUAGGAAGGUUUACAGCUUUCAGUCAAUACUUUGAUACCAAGUUGGGGGAAAAAUGUCAGGUGGAGGAAAGGAAAUGCAAAGAGCUGUGGAAAAAGAUAACAAAACCUAUGAAUUAAGUCUUGUCUAUUCUAUUUCUAUGCAAUAUCAAUGGAUGAAGGGUUUGGGAUUAAGACUUAUGUAUUCUAUUGCAAUGCACCAUUCUAAUGCAUUGCCUUGAUUUCAUUUAGCUUCUACUUGUUUAACUGGCUUGGAGACUCAAGACAGAUUUUCUGUCUGAUAGAAAUUUUAUGAAUGAAGGGCCUUCAUUGGAUUAUGC